UUUUGCCCGGGUCUUUUGCUACAAAACGAUUGAAAUUUGAACGUUUCAUCAUCAAACUAAGAGUUGAAUACCUAAUAUUCUGUAACAUUAAAAACGGAACACCGUGCCAGUAAACGAAUGAAGAUCUAACUGAUGGAAGACAAGGAGCUAAAUGUUUGAGAAAACUUUACUUUUUUUGAGAAACCCGCAAGUUGAUGUUAAUGUUAUAUCCUCGUUUUGUUCAGGAUACAAUACAGUAGCAACAACUGACAUCCGCCCACCACUUCCACUGCACUGCACUCUGCUCUGCUGGCCUGCUGUAUUUCCAUUGGCACUACAACAGUAUCUCUGCAUUAAUAUGAGCCUUGUGAUUUAACUUGGAUACCUUGCCGUGAUCUACAUUCGCACCUCAAGCAUGACGCUGGAGCCAGGAAUACGAGUGGUCCGUGGACCGGACUGGAAAUGGGGCGAACAAGAUGGAGGACUCGGCCAUCUCGGGACCAUAGUCCCCUUCGAUACAACAAAUCCAAACACCAAGCCCUCAAUUGAAGUACGGUGGGACAGAGGACUGAGGGGAGACUACAGGAUCGGUUAUGAGGAUUCGUACGAUUUACGUCUCUAUGAUAAUGGCACAGUGGGUGUGAGCCACGUAGAUGUCAGAUGUGAUGUCUGCCGGAAAUGCCCUAUCUUUGGCAUCCGUUGGAAAUGCAUGAACAUCGAUCACUACAAUAUCUGCUCUGCAUGCUACCAUGCGGGCAAGGCUAGCCUUUCACAUCAGUUCUACAGGAUCGUCAUUCCAGGGGCAACAGAAGUCCUGAUGGAGAAAAGAAAUGCAAGCGAUCCCAUAGAGGUCAAAGGUCUCUUCCCAGGGGCAAAGGUCAGAGUUGGCUCUGACCUCAAAGUUGACAAGGAAGAUGUUAGGAAGCUCUACCAGGGUACACUGAAGAGACUGGAACCCUUUGUGGAAGGCUUCCCAAAUACGGGAGCUCUGGUGAACUGGCCCCCUGUUGGCCAGUCCAGGUACAGAGUGGGCUUCAAGGGAAUGAUGGACCUCAAGACCAAAGAACCUGGACUUGGUGGCAUGUGCUACCGGAGUCAUCUUCCAGUGCUUGGCCAUCCAGUUGAGUUGGAGUGUGUUGAAGGCCUGGUGGUAGGCGAUCAUGUGAUCAUCAACAUGGAGGAGAAUCUACUGCGUGAGCUGCAGGAGGGACAUGGAGACUGGGUGCAAGGAAUGGCUGAUGAAAUAGGGCAGGAAGGGGUCAUCCGUGACAUCACCAGCAACCAAGACAUCAUGGUCGAAUACCCAGAGAGCAGCAGAAAGUGGAUAUUUCAUCCAGCUACUUUGACCAAGGUUAAGGUUCCUCGCAGACUUUCAAGUGUAGUGGAAGUAGACGAGUCUGGGGACUACAAGAUUGCAGUAGAUAAAACAGUCCAGCAAGCUGUCAUUCCAAAGAGCAACAACAGCCAUAAAAGACCAGAUGGAUCUUCAGGUAAGUUGGUACAGAUCAUGGGGAUCUUUCAAUAUGCAUCCACCAAUACCGGGUGCCUCAAAGUCCUCUGA